GACCUAUGAUUGGAUGUAUCUUGGUUACCCCUUUUAAUUCAUUUCCGGUAUUUACCCAUGUUUUCUUGAUCUGUAUAGGAUUUCAGUUACUCCCAAGUUGCAAGCUUAUCUCAGUGAUACAAAUGUUGAGUGAUUGGUUUCAAAAUGCAUGGACAACCCUAUUUUUCUUCAUAAUUCGUCCGAUGUGGAAGUGGAUACUCCAUAGAGUGACAGGAAAAUGUGAACUUCUACGUGUCACAUACGAAGAAAGACAGGGGGCUAAAAGGACUCUAAGGAUUGAGAGAAGUCUGAAGUUGUCAAAUGUUUCAUAUCUACAUCAACUUAGUAUAGAAGAGGAUGUAGAUAUCUUGGGAGCAGCAGAAGAGGUGAUGAAACUGAAGCAGAUUAUUCCAGAAGUUCACAUGAAAUUUAGAAGAGAUUUCCAAGACUGCAUGUGCCAAAUAUGUGGAUAUAAAAGACUAAAAAGAGAAAUAGAAGUGAUGAGGAAAACACCAUACUCACAAGAAAAUUCAGAACAUGAAGAAAAAUUAAUGCAGUUAUGGGAGAUCCUAAUGCCAGAUCAAAAGUUGGAUGCCAGAAAAUCCAAGCAGUGGUCAAUCAUAGGAUUCCAAGGAGAGGAUCCAUUGACAGAUUUUAGGGGCAUGGGUAUUCUAGGAUUGAACCAGUUGUUAUACUUUGCCUUACAAUAUUCUGAUCAGUGUAAGCACCUUCUAUCUCGAUCUCAUCAUCCCAAAUAUGGAUAUUCUUUUGCCAUCGUGGGUAUCAAUUUGACCAACCUGAUUUACAGUGGUUUAGUAGAAGGAUCCCUACGCACUCAUUUCUACAAUAUGGCAGAGAAAGCACCAAGAAUUCAAGAUUUUCAUGAAGUCUAUUGUCAUGUGUUUUGGGAAUUUGAUAAGUUCUGGUUUGAAGAAGAACCAGAAGACAUCAUGCAGUUUGGUCCGCUGAGAGACAAAUUCAACAGAAAAUUGUUACAUAAACUAUCCAAAAGUCAGACAAUUUUACACUCUGAUUUUCAGAGGAAAAAAUAAUUUGUUUUUAAACAUGCAGAUAUCAUAAAAUAGGGUGUCUGUCAACCACUUGAUGUAUACUUUAAAACAGUAUGUUAACUUGAAACAUGUACUGUGUUAACUGGUUUAAGGAUGACAGACCCAAUUCGAAAUUUUACGCUUCAGCGCAUAAAGCUGCGCACAUCACUAUUUACAUUCUCCGUGCAUUGUGACGUCACAUGCAAUACACAAGUUCCCAAUCUCUACCCAGAGUUAUCAUUCCUUACACUCACUUACACCUCUGUCAACUUCUCAAGGGUUUUACAAGAUUUUUGUAAAAUGGCACAUAUGCUCAAAUAAAGUAUGGUUUUGACCUCAGUUACAAAAUUAUACGUAAAUAAAUAAAUAUUGAGCAGAUGUCAAGUCUUUUUGUGACACAAGAAGCAUCGAUUUGGGUUGAAACAUGGAUAUUGGGUAGUUCUAUUGCACCAGGCCUAUACAUAGGUACAUGAAGAAUACAUGUAUAUAGUAAUGGAAAAAAAUCUACAAAUAGUUGCUUGUCCUACAUUUUCCCGAUAUUUUAUAAAAUAGUUCUUAGUUUUAUUAGCCAUAAAAAAGUGGAUUUACAUGUGGAAUAGCAUUGCUUAUUUUGAGACGUUUUAACACAGUGUUAAAACAGAGGUGUAAGUGAGAGCAAGGUACAACAACUCUGGGUAGAUAUUGUCAAGUUCCGAGAUAUCAGCUCUUCUGUGAUGGAGGUACAUUCAGUAUUCUGUUGAACGCUUGGGUGGGUACAAGAUGUAGACUAUAUACAUAUAUCAUAGACUAGUUAUGUGAAUAAGAAUAAAAGUUAUGAGAGCGUAAAUUGUUUAUGUCAGCCGUUGGUAUACAUUAAACUGACCAUAUGAAGAAUAAUAUUUGUUUGAAUUAGGCCAUUAGAUUAAAUAUGAAUCUAUUUUUUAUUUUCUCUUCUGCACGAGUGAUACUUUAAUCCAAGAAAGAUAGUGAUUAUCGAUUUUUAGUCCCUUACCGACGAAGUCGAAGGGGACUUUAGGUUUGUGCUCUGUCCAUCAGUCCAGUUUUCCACACUUUUUUUCUCUGUUCUUGCAUAUAUUUAUUUGAUAUUUGGUACGUUGCUUUACCAUAACAAGUUACAGGUCAAGUUCGAAUUUCAUCUCAAUCCAUUGAUUUUUCACUUAGUUAUGGCCCUUGCACUUAGAAAAAUAGCAUGAAUUAUCAGUUUUCCAGACUUUUUUUUUUAUGUGCUUGCAGAUAUUCAUUUGAUAUUAGGUACAUUGCUUUGCCAUAACACAUUACAGAUCAAGAUUAAAUUUUGUCUCGGUC